AUGGUGCUCGUCGGCGAUAUGCGUUCGGUUUUCAAUACCGGCCGGAUGCUGGGUUGUGCGUCUCACGUCGCCGUCAACGACGACAUCAAAAGAAGAAGCUCUCGAGACGUGUUACUCGUAGUGUUAUCGAUGGCCUUGUAUCUAAGCAGCUUGGUGAUAAUGCACAUGUUCGUAUUUACGUAUAGCAGUUUAGACACCAAAGGUGCGUUCCUCAGCUUCUCGAGGGUGGCUCUCUUCUACUCGUGCUUCUUCACGGACAUUUUCUUGUCGACCCUAUGGAACUCGAAGAUACGCGCUGUUUUAACGCAGCUGCGUACCUUCGAUCGAGCAACGAAUUUUCACGAUCCCUCCAAACGCGUCAAAGUACGAAAUAUCUGUCGAGCCACGGUGUUCGUCAUUUUGACUUAUUGGACUGUAGUCGGAUACAUAAGUUACAGAUUUGAAAAGAGACUGCCAGUUCUGCACGGAUUGGCAUACGCGAUCAUCGACGCGGCGGUAACGUUGCAGGUCCUGAUAUUCGUCGGUUUUGCGUACCUUAUCGAGGAGAGAUUUCGUCAACUGUGCAAUAUGUUAACGUUCUCCACUGGUAAGUUUGCUUUUGAAAUAUACAUCUCGAUACCCGAUAAAUUGUACGGACGCUUCACGUUGCGACAAAUAUGGUGGUUGCAUUGCACUCUGGCGAACGCGACAGAGACGCUGAAUUCCGUCUACGCGAUUCAGUUGUUGUUGUGGCUCUCGAGCAUGUCGAUCAACGCGAUGUCCAGGAUCUACACGCUGAAUAUGUACACCCUGACGGAGUUCGCAAAGGCCCGGGAAACGAUGCUGGCGAUUGUUUGCUCCUGGAAUCUAUUUAUGAUCACCACCGUCUGCCACCUAACAGCGCAACAGGCCAAUCGUGUCGGCGAGAUUAUCUUUGCGCCAUCCUCGUCCAUUUCCAUGAAGCGCGUAUUUCUGCAGGAAAACCUGGAGGCAACGGCGUAUUUCCAACAGCGGAGGGUGUAUUUCUUUACUGUCGCCGGCUUCGUACGCGUGGAUCUUCCUCUUCUGCUCUCGAUUAUCUCGAGCAUGACGACGUAUUUGGUGAUUCUUUGCUGA